UAUGGGGGUGGAGUAAGUAAGUACAGCGUAAGUAGGGAGGGAGUAAGUACAGUGUGAAGCAUAACUCUGGUUAUGGCGAUGGCUGUAGCUAUGCAAACUUGUCACUUUCGGACAGCAGCAUUUAACACUGCAGGAACGGGCUGGAGGUCCAGCCACAGCAUCGCGCUCAAAUCCCAAUACGACGCGCUUAUAAUCGGUGGAGGGCACAAUGGACUAAUUGCUGUAAGUAGCGGUUGGUGUAAAUGUAAGUUAUAAAACACAAGCUUAGCCUGCACUGUGGAGAAACAUUAACCUUGUUGUACAGUCUGCAUAUCUGCAGAAGGGAGGCUUAAAAACAGCAGUUCUAGAGCGCAGAAGUGUCCUCGGUGGAGCUGCAGUGACUGAAGAGAUCAUUCCAGGUGAAUUCACUCCCUGACAGUAGAUGGCACUUAUUGAAAAGCAGAAAUACAAGGUGGCGCUGCACAACUUUCUGUUUCUGAUACCCGCUUAUCACUGAGAAGACAAAGAGAGCCAGUAUUUACGUAUAAGGCUUCCAUUUUUCCCGGGCCUCCUAUCUCCUCAGUUUACUGCGUCCUCACAUAUAUCAGGAUCUGGAGCUCAAGAAACAUGGGCUGAAGGUGUACAUGAGAGAUCCCCAUGCGUUUACCCCCAUGCUGGAGGAAGGGGUCAGGGGGCGGCCACCUCGCUCUCUUUUACUCGGCAGUAAUCUGGCAAAGAAUCAGAAAGAGAUUGGAAAAUUCUCAGAGAAAGAUGCAAUGGCUUACCCUGACUAUGUUGCACAUUUGGAGAAGCUGGCAUGUGCAAUUCACCCACUCCUUGAUGCACCACCUGUAGACAUCCCAGGAAUUACUGAGGGGUCCUUGAGGAAAAGAAUAGCAGCAAUGAGGAGUUUGAAACCUUUAGUAAAAUCUGGGCUGAAACUGGGAAAAAACAUACCAGACUUCUAUGAACUAAUAACAGCCCCAGCAAUGAAGGUUUUAAAUCACUGGUUUGAGUCUGAGCCACUUCAAGCAACAUUAGCCACUGACUCCGUGAUAGGAGCUAAUACAAGCCCUAACAACCCGGGUAGUGGGUAUGUCCUUUUGCACCACAUAAUGGGUGAGCUGGAAAAGGAGAUGGGGGCCUGGGGUUAUGUGCAAGGGGGCAUGGGUGGUGUCUCCAAGUCCAUUGCUAACUCUGCAAGCUCCCUUGGAGUAGAUAUCUUUACUGAGCAGGAGGUUAGUCAAAUUCUGGUUGGACCAGAUCAUACUGCCAAAGGUGUUGUGCUGAAAGAUGGUACUGAAGUUCACAGUAAAGUAGUUUUGUCCAAUGCUACUCCAUAUGCAACCUUCAAACAUCUUACUCCACAGGAUGCACUUCCUCAGAAGUUUAUUAGUGCUAUUGAUCAGAUUGAUUAUACCUCUCCUGUCACCAAAAUUAAUGUGGCUGUGGACAAACUGCCAAAUUUCUUGGCAGCCCCUAAUACAACUGAUGGAAAACCAGGGCCACAUCACCAGUGUUCCAUUCACCUGAACUGUGAGAGUGUGGAGAUAUUAGAAGCAGCAUAUAAGGAAGGCCAACAAGGACGCCCAUCCUCAAGACCUAUGGUGGAGAUGACUAUACCAUCUGUGCUGGAUCCCACACUCGCCCCACCUGGCUGUCAUGUGGUGUCUUUUUUCACACAGUUUACACCUUACUGUCUGGAAGGUGGGCGAGCGUGGACAGAUGAGGACAGAGAGAAAUAUGCAAAUACAGUGUUUGAUUGGGUUGAACGUUAUGCACCUGGAUUUAAGCAGUCAAUAGUUGUCAAAGAUAUUUUGGCUCCUCCUGAUCUAGAGAGGGAAUUUGGUCUCACUGGAGGGAACAUUUUCCAUGGUGCAAUGUCAUUGGAUCAGCUUUAUUUAGCAAGACCUUUGCCCUCGAUUGCACACUACCGUACACCAGUCAAAGGCCUCUACCUGUGUGGCAGCGGCAGCCAUCCUGGUGGGGGUGUGAUGGGUGCUGCUGGAUGCAAUGCUGCUCUGACUGUCUUGGCUGACUUUAAACAUUGAUGACAUGAUGACAUGUCAUCUGGGUUUGACACACGUGGAGUUCCACACAACAAAGAAGUUAUAGCUGUCUGAGAUCCAAAACUAAUAAGCUACAACCCCAAUUCCAAAAACGUUGGGACAGUAUGGUAAAUGCUAGAUUUGUAAAUGUACUUUGACUUGUAUUUAAACGUAUAAAGACAAGGUAUUUGAUGUUUUACCUAAUCAACUGCAUAGAUUUUUGAAGAUAAACAUUUAUUUUGAAAUUGAUGCAUGCAACAUGUUCCAAAAAAAGUUGGGACUGGGCAAUUUAGGAUUAAUAGUGAUGUGACAAGUUGAAAUAAGAAGGUGAUGUGAAACAGGUGAGGCAAUCAUCUAAUCAUAGUAUAUAACGAGAAAAAAGGCCUCCAAAAAAGGUCUAGUCCUUCAAGAGCAAGGAUGGGUCAAGGCUCGACAAUCUACCAACAGAUACGUUAGCGAAUAAUCCAACACUUUGAGAACGACAUUUCCCAAAGACAAAUCAGUAGGAUUUGGGGCAUUUCACCUUCUACAGUGCACAAUAUAAUUAAAAGAUUCAAGGAAUCUGUGUAAAGGGCAAUAGGUGCAUAAAGGGCAAGGUCGAAAACCACUUCUGAAUGUGCGUUAUCUCCAAUCCCUCAGACAUCACUGUCUUAAAAACCGUCAUGAGUCUGUAAUGGAUAUUCUGACAUGGGCUCGGAAAUACUUUGGUAAACCUUUGGCAGUCAAGCACUGCAUCCACAGAUACAAGUUAAGCCUUUAUUAUGCAAGGCAGAAGCCAUACAUCAACACUGUCCAGGAGCACCGCCGACUUCUCUGGGCUCGGUCUCAUAUGAGAUGGACAGUAGCACAGUGGAAUUGUGUUUCGUGGUCAGACGAGUCAACAUUUCAAAUAGUCUUUGGACAAAACAGCCGUCGUGUUCUCUGGGCCAAAGAAGAAAAGGACCAUCCAAGCUGUUAUCAGUGUCAGGUCCAAAAGCCAGUGUCUGUCAUUGUAUUGGGUGUGUGCCAAUGCCCAUGACAUGGGUAACUUGAACAUCUGUGAGGGCAACAUUAAUGCAGAAAGAUAUGUACACAUUUUGGAGCAAGAUAUGCUGCCAUCCAGAGCAGGACAAUGCCAAACUACAUUCUGCCCGGAUUACAAGCUCAUGAUUGCGUAAGCAGAGAGUGCAGGUGCUAGCAUGGCCGGCCUGCAGUCCUGACCUGUCUCCAACUGAGAAUGUGUGGCACAUUAUGAAUCGCAAAAUAAGGCAACAAAGACCCCGUACAGUUGCACAGAUAAAGAAAUGCAUAACGGAUGAAUGGGGGAAAAUUCAGCUUGCUAAACUUAACCAUCUGCUUUCUUCAGCGCCCAAACACUUAAGUGUUAUUAAAAGAAAAGAUGACAUUACACAGUGGUAAACAGUCGACCGUCCCAACUUUUUUGGAGUGUGUUGCAGUCAUCAGAUUUGAUAUGAGUGUAUAUUUUCAAAAAUAAAUUUGUAACAAAGUAACACACCAAAUAAUUAGUUAAUAAUGUGUUUUCAGUGUAGUACAGAGUGAAAUGAAUUUUCAAAUGACUGUUUGUUUUUUUUACAUUUUCCAUACUGUCCCUACUUUUGCGGAAUUGGGGUUGUAAAUUAAAUUAUUCCUUGAGUUAAAUUAAAAUUAAAAAAAAAAAAAACACAAUUCUGAACCAAUACAGGAAGUAUUGACUUAUCUCUCAAUAAUAAUGAUGGCAGAAUUUUGUCAAAGCACUUGGUCUCUUGCUGCUUACGUUCAUUGUGCAAGCUCAACUUACCCAGACUCUUAUAUCACACAUACAGUCCUAAAAGUUCUGCUUGGACUCAUGAUCUGAUGAUCCAUCCAGCCAUUUUUCAUAACACAUACUACACAGGGUUGAGGGGGAGCCUGGAGCGUAUCUCGGGGCACAAGGCGGGGCACCCUAGACGGGGUGCCAACCCAUUGCAAGGCACAAUAGCACAGACAUUCACAUACCUUACACACUAUGGACAAUUUUGGAAAUGCCGGAGGAUAGCCAACACUACUGUGGAUGAUUAAAAAAUAUGCCAAUGUUAAAUAAUUCAAUGUUCAAAAAUAAGCAACAUCAUCUCCCAAGAAUUUCUCUUGUGAUAAAAAUGCAGUGUUUCUUGUUUUAUCUCAUACCCUGCCCUUGACAUACUAUGUGAUCUUUCUGAAAUGGGCUCUACGUUCCACACUAUUUCAACACAAAUUAUGUAAAUAUAGAAGGAAUCUUUUAUGGCAGAAAAUUUGAUGAAUUAGAAAUUGACAACUUGUUUGGCCAGGCAGUAAAAAUCCUAAUGGUUGAAGCAUGCUUCAGAUGAAUUUUAAAGAUAUUUUGAUUAGGUAGAUAUCCAGGAGGUUUAUAAUAAUAAAGAUUUCUCACAGAUAGGGGACAAAUCAAAUUUCCUGUAAAAUUAAGACAUUUAUUGUCAUCAUUGUAAGUGACUAUCAGUGGUGUAGUACAAUGAAGUUGAAUAAGAGGGUGUAUGCUGUGUUUGCCUUCAACUUGAUCUACUAGUCUAUGAAUGACAUUAGAAUUUAAACACCUCUCUAUCUUUAUGUCAAUUAUAAUAAUAAAGAGAGCUCCUAGGAGACUGUGUGUGCAUAGAAUUUCUUACACUUUACAUGGA